AUGUCUGAUCAACACCUUAAUUCCGAAUAUUUGCAAUCGUUUGUGGAGCGUGACUUUGAUGAGAAUAUACUUCCUGCUUUGAAGGAUUUUAUUCGAAUUCCCAAUCAAUCUCCGAAUUUUGAUACUCAUGUUUUAACGAAUGGUUAUAUGGAACAAGCCUUGAGUUUGAUUGUGCAUUGGAUUGAAAAACAAAAUAUUAAUGGAUUGAAUUUGGAGGUGAUGAGAAUUGAAGGAAAAACACCUUUGAUCUUUGUGGACAUUGAUUCCACCAUAGAAGGAAAGAAAGGAUGGAAAAAGAAUGUUCCGAUUGCUUUCUUGUAUGGUCAUGCUGACAAACAACCGCCAGCAGAAGGAUGGGCUGAUGGCCUCUCUCCUUACAUUCCCGUUGUAAGAAGUCGAUUACCCUCCGAUCAUGGUCACAUUGCUGACGAUUUCACGUAUCUGUACGGCAGAGGAUCAAACGAUGAUGGUUAUGCCGUGUUUUCUUCCAUUCUUGCAGUCAAGGCAUUGCAAAAACAACGAGUGCCUCAUGGAAGAAUCAUCAUUUGUUGCGAAUUCAGUGAGGAAUCUGGUUCUUGUGAUUUGCCCUAUUAUUUAUGUCAUAUUCUCCCUUUUGAAAAAAGUAAGCACAUUAGAGAGACACUGGGAGAGGACGCACCCAUAAUUCCAAAAGACUACCAAGGUAAAAUUGAGGGAGAAGUGGAUUUGAUGAUUUGUCUUGACUCUGGUGUCGGUAAUUAUCUUCAACCUUGGAUAACACUUUCUCUGAGAGGUAUACUAGUUUUUGAAAUGCAUGUGAGCUUGAUCACUCAAGGUGUUCAUUCUGGAGGUUAUUCAGGAUUAGUAGCUGACAGUUUUAGAGUUUCACGAAUGCUCCUCUCGAGACUUGAAGAUGAAAAUACGGGAGAAAUCAAAAUUAAAGAGCUUUAUGGAAGCUCAGCCUCAGAAGUGGACGAGAAUGAGCCUUACAUUCCAAAAUGGGUCCUUCAGAAAUUGUACUUAUCUGCCAAGCUAUUAGGAUCUGAAGGAGUGUGUGAAGCCAUACCCUUGGCAGAUGACGAUAUUGAACUCAUGAAUGAUGAUUUAUUGCAGUUGCUACUAAACAAAACAUGGCGCCCUACUUUAACCGUUACAGGUGCAGAGGGUUUGCCUAAAUUCUCAAAAGCUGGUAAUGUUUUACGUCCUCGAACUGCUUUGAAGCUGUCGAUUCGUCUGCCUCCUCACGUAUCCCCUUCAAUGGCUGAAAGGCGAGUUAUUGAAACUCUCACUUCAAAUGUUCCUUACAAAGCGAAGGUAGACAUUAAGAAUGUUCACACAGGAUCAGGUUGGUAUUGCCAAGAGUAUAAGCCCUGGUUGUUAAAAUCUUUGGAUGAUGGCUGUAAGACUUUCUUUGGAGAAGAGUAUGAAACUGGUUUUCUUGCUGAAGGAGGUUCUAUACCAUUUAUUAAGGUACUUAAUGACUGUUAUAAGAAUGCACAAUUUAUUGUGACUGGAGUGGCUGGUCCUGGAUCUGGUGCACACGGUCCGAAUGAACAUCUUUGCUUGGAGUACACAAAGAAGGUCAUUUGUUAUGUGUCCAAAAUAUUGUCAGAUCAUGCUUGUGAUCACAAUGAAUGA